UUUGGUUUCUCCGAGCAUGCUGGCGUCGGACGUGGUCCUAUCUCCGCGUUCCCAACUCCUCUCGCCCGUCUCCAAGCUCCAUCGCGUCCGUGACCUCGAGGCCGACGCCCAGCGCCAGCGCAUCGAAGCCUUCGUCCAGAAGAACCGCCACAUGAUGCGCCCAUCGAAGCUAUCCCUGCGGACGUCGCGCAAGCCGACGUUCGAGUACGCGUACCCGCUCUUCCCCAAGGCCCGCCAGCCCGUGUCCAUCGAGACGGCCACGCCGCUCUUCCGCGCCAAGAAAAAGGCGCAGCAAGCCGAGCCCGAUCUCGCAUUGUCUUCCGCCCAUACCACGCGUGCCCGCGACCGCGCCGAGACAGAACGUCAGCCCCCCCGCAAGGAGCCCAUUGGCACGCGCACAGAGGAGAGACGCAAAAGCCACCAACGCGCGGUCGACAAGGCCGAGCUGCUGCGCAGCCAUCAGAUCCUCAAGCAUAUUGAAGAGGACGAGAAGAGACGCGAACAGAAGAAGCCGCAGCCACAGUCGCGGACGACCAAGGCUCCUGUGCUACCGGCGACCAACUACCACCUCAAGCAAAUGGGUCUUGCGAGUCCCGAAAUCAACAUCUACGCCCCGUUCACCGACGACACAGAGCCGUCCACGUCAGUGCGAGCGUCGCCUCCUCGCAGCACGCAGUCGAUCGCGGAAGAGCAAACGACAGCUGCCACACGACGCCCGAGCCCGCCGACUGCACAGGACCCGGACACGGCUGCGGUAGAUCUUCGCCGGCGGAAGAAGCGGUCGCAGUCUUCGAGCGUUGGUCGUUUGACGCCAAUGAAGGCACGGCUUCGUUCGCACCACCGAUCCUCGUCACCUCAGUCACCAUCGACGCCCGAGAGCGAACCAUUGUCAUGGGUCUAUCUCACAGUCGCCCUGGUGGUGUGCAUGGUCGUGGCAUUUGUCGCCAUCUACGGCAGUGAUCCCUACGACGCCUUGGCCUCGCGAUCCCAGUACCUGCUACUGUCACUGCAUACCGUCGCCCAGUACUGUCUCAAGAACCUCUCGCCCAUUCUGUUUGUGCUCUGCGUCGUGGCGGCAUUGGCGGUGAUCGUCUUAUACUUGCCGCAGUCGGUGCAGGACGACGACCGCCUUGUCGAGAAGCUCGUCGUCUGCGCCAAAGAAGAACUGCUUUUGCAUGCCAAGUCCAACCUGCCGGGCAACGCCGCCGUGCGCGAGACGUACCUCAGCGAAGCCAUUUUGGAUUUGCUUGGCUUCAAGGGCGAAGCUCGCAGAGACGCCAAGGAGCUUUGGCCCACCGUUCGCAUGGCCUUGGCCGAAGACAGCCGACUGCGCUGUGUGCGCGCCAGAGUCAAGUCGUCGACGGGGCAUUCCAUCUACCUCUGGGAGUGGAUCGCCCCGCAGUCGACGCUCGCCAUGAACGAGUACGCAGCGCGCGUCACGGCCCACCGCAACGAAGCUCAGUGAACAAUAUCCUAGUACAAUUACACCCUUCCCUAAUACUACAUGACGACGCUACGUACACCCAGUUGACCGCGCUCGACGCCAGCCGCAUGCAAUUUCCUCUGGUGCUCCCGCUUCAACUUGGUUUUUAGGUAAAAUCUAGCGCGGUCACGGCGGCGCCAACAAGUAUGGUGGCUCGCUCCAUGAAGACAACGCAUCGGCUCCUCCCAGACGGUCCCUGCGCCAUCACGGCCUCAACACGACCUGCGGCCCUGGGUUUAACGUUGUUUAACGCAAAUGCGUACUUAAGAGCUCUUUACAAAUAUCAAGAUAUUUGGAGCGAACCUAAUGGAAUCGAAUGGCAUAUCUU